UUUUAAGUCAAAACCUGCUUCAAAUCCUAAUGAUUUCAAGCCAAAUGCUCAUUCGCAUUCACAUUCUUACUCUAGUUUUAAGUCAACAUCUCCUUCAAAUCCUCAUCAUAUCGAGCCGAAUUCUGAUUUGCUUCAUUCAAAUUCUUACUCUAGUUUUAAGUCCAAAUCUCUCACAAAUCCUCAUGAUAUUAGGCCGUACUCCGAAUCGCAUUCAAAUUCUGACUGUAAUGUUAAGUCUAGUUUUACUUCAGAUCCUCCUGAAUCGGAUCCCACAUCUAAAGAAGGUCAAAAACUCCCUUCUAAUAAUUUUAAUGUUAAUCUUAAGGAAAAUCGAAAUCAAAAUAAUUCUAAUCAAAUCAAAACUCUUAGUUUUAAGCAAACGUUGCAUCAAACUUCAUUGUCCGAAGAUUCUUGCAAACGUACAUUUAGUACUACUAGGCAUAGCAUAGAUAAUCAUAGUAUCGAUAAGCAUAGUAUUGAUAAUCUUUCCAAUACUCUGAACUUAUCUGAAAAUACUACUUCUUCGCCUGAUCCUUCGAUCGAUUCAAGCACUACUUCCAUGUGUCCCAACUUUAACCUUAGACCUACAGAUUCUACCUUUGAACUCACCAAGUCAUUGUUAAAUCUUGAUCUUAAAUCUUCUAUGAACAACUCAAGGUCAUUACAUUUAGAUUCUAGCUCAAAUUAUGUUCAUGAAAAUCAAAAUUUUCUCAAACCUGUGUACUCUGAAAUUUCCUCUUCUGCUUCAAAAUCUUCUAUUAGCUAUUCAUCAAAUAGUGACACUUUCAACUCUUCUAACGUUCAUCCUGUUACUUCAGACUCUAAAACAUACGUUCUUGAAAAUCGAAAUUUAAUAACUACAUUUUUCCCAGAUUUAAAGACAAAACCUUCAAAAAGCAAAAAUACUAACUUGCGUUCAAGUCGCAUACAUCAUGAUAUUCAACAGCACCCAAGUUAUCGUUCCCCUUCAACAUUUGAUAAUCAGCAAAACUCAAGCUCGUUAUAUUUUCCUUAUUGUAAUUUUAUCCCAAAAUCUGAUAUCAACAUUCGUUUUAAUCACCAUCCGAAUAACCUUCAAAAAUCUGAAAAUCAACGCUUUAAAGAUAAAAGUAACAAGAACUACAGUCCAAAUUUGUAUUUUCAACCAUACAAUUUAAUCAAAAAUUUUCAGAGCAAUUCUGUCCCCAAUCAUCAAUCCAAACAAUUUCAAAACAAAAUACAGUCUAACUCCAAAAAUUAUGUUAGUUCCGAGGCUAAAAAUAAUCGCUCUGAAAACCGAGGAAGGACUUCAAAAAAUAAAUCGCCUAAUUCACAUCCAUCACAAAAAUCGACAAAAAAGUCGCUCCCAAAACCGCAACACACUGGUAAAAUUAAAGAUGAAGUGUUAACUAAAACGCCCAUAGUUUCCUCUCCUAACAAUCUUAAAUCCAAUAAAACCACAAGCGAACAUUCUCUCGAUAAAUCAAAGUGUAAUUCAUGUUCUAACGUCAAAAUUAAAUUAGAUCCAGCCAUAUUCAUUUUCUCAGCUCUUUUUCUAAGCGAGUCCGUUUUCAUCACCACGCUACUGCACUUACUUCUGAUCAGAAACUUUUAA